AUGAAGUUCCUUCUGAUUUUGACCGUUACCCUGCUCCUGGCCCAGGUCACCCCAGCCAUGAAGUGUUGGAAUAUGUUGGGAAGAUGCAGAGAAACAUGUGAACAGAAUGAAGUGUUCUAUAUAAUGUGCAAGAAUUAUGGUAUGUGCUGUGUGUCUCCCAAACACGUGCCUGUCAGAAACUGA